CAUCACGUGACGACGGGCGCUCUCGCCCCGCCCCGUCACACGACGCGCGGCCGAGGCGCCGGCGCCGUUGCGUCCCUUCCGCCUCCGCCCCGUGACCCCUCCCCCGGGCGCCAUGUCGGUGUUCCACGAUGAGGUGGAGAUCGAGGACUUCGAGUAUGAUGAGGAAACAGAGACCUACAGCUACCCCUGCCCGUGCGGGGACCGCUUCCUCAUCACGCGGGAGGACCUGGAGAACGGCGAGGACGUGGCCACCUGCCCCAGCUGCUCCCUGAUCGUGCGCGUCAUUUACGACCAGGAACAGUUCAUGCGUGAUGAAGUUGUUGCAGAACCUUUGACAAACAAGGAAUUGAUUAAAUGCUGAUGAAUGCCUCGUGAACUGUUGCUGCUUUAGAAUAAGAAAGUGUGGGAAUGGUGACUUCAGAAAGAGAUGUGGUUCUCCUCCUGGAAGUGUUUGCUGCUGUGAGACACAAGUGCAAUAACUGGCUGUUUUCAUAAUUUGGAUGAGAAUUUGCUGGGAUAUCAACACAUGAAUGGGUUUUGUUCAAAUGGGUUAUACCAUUAAAAAUACACAAGUUGCCAUAUGUAUUCCAGAAGACUCAAGGAGUGUGAUCAGAACUGACAGCAAGUCAAUAUACAGAAGAAGUGUAUGGAAAAUUACAACAUUUAUCUAGCAGUGGCUUAGUCUGUGGAGAAGAGCAGGAAAUGUGUGGGCAUGUACCUCUGUGAAAUGGCUCAGAGAGCUGAAAUGUUGAGGGUUAGAAGUCUGUACAGCUUGAUGCCAUAAAGAAUUACAGCUUUGAUACCAUGCAGUAUCCCCUAGGCUGUGUGCUUGUGUACUUCCAGCCCAUACUGAAUAUGGGGGAAAACAAGAGAUGCAGAACCAGUGCUGCUGGUAAAUAGGUUUUACUACUGUGAGCACAAAGAAGCUGCAGUUGUAAUUCUGUCUGCAGGGGCAACACCUGAGUUGGGGCAGAUUUGUUUCUUAAACUGCAAUAGCUAUGAAGCAGCUUUGGUAGCUGUUAUCAAAUGACUCUCUGACAUAACAGUGAUACACUAUUCUGAGGGGAGUCAAACUUCUUUUACCCCAGCAAAGCUAGUAAUGUACAAAUGGUCUUGAACUUGAAGUGAAUUGUAAUUUACCCAUAGUUUCUCAACAACUUUGAUUUGACUAUGCAGCAAAUAUAAAAUGGGUGGCAGUUCUUUGUGCCAUGUGUAGUAGUAAUUCUGCUGAAUUUCUCAGUCUUCCUUUGGUAGGUUCUUGUCACUUCCUGCAUAGGAAAUGCACACAUUUCAAUAAAUAAAAAGGAACUUUUUAUCUUAGAAAAGAGUUGAAAGAACAUACUUCAAAGUAUAUUGAUUCCAAAACUACUUACUUUAUUACAAGUCAUUGCAUAUAAAUAUUCAUUUAAAAUUAUGGUCAUUCAUGUGUUUUAAUAGGGUUUGACAUCUAUUAAGUUAAAAUACUUGUGCAGCAUUUAAAUAGUUAUUUUGCUCCAGGCACUAAAAAUAAGCAAGUCUUACUGAAUUCUUGCAUUUAACUGUUUUUGUUCUUACAGCAUUCUGUGAAUGUUGAAGAUGAGCAUUGUAAUUAUUAAAAAAGAAAAAAAACCACAGAAAACAGAAAAAACAAUACCCUUCAGUUAGAGGUUUUGAAUGCAAGAUGCACAACCCGAAGUGUUUUCGUUUCAACACCAGCAGGUGGCACACACACUCCUGCAAUGUCCGUGCUUCAAAAAAGAAAAAAAAAGCUGUGGUACUUGGGAUAACUGUGUCUUAUCAGCUAUUUAUUUUGACUAUUUAAAUAAAGAGAUCUAAAACUGU